AUGCCACUGGAACCCGCGUCGGAAGAUGAUGUGCAGGAGAGACAACACAGAGCCUGGAUGCAGAUGCUCAAACAGGAGGAGAAGAGGUCAUUUGGCAAAUGGAAUCCCCUGAUGUGUGAAGAACUUGUAAAUGUGGCUAAUUUUAUUGGCAGUGAUAAGGAUGUCAGACAGCCCCCAGAAUGCAAUCUGUCCUUUCAAAAAUGUCUGACUACCUCUGCAAGCGAUUCGACGCAGCUCAACAAAUCUGAUAACAAAUUGCCUACUGUCACUGGAGUGCAGGUGACAAGGAUGGCGACUAGGGCAUCAAAGGGUGCUGCACCGACCAGCAAUAAAUUGGUCUCUACCGGUUCCUUCAAGAUAUCCCGUCCGCCAGCCUCAAGUCAGGCGGCUAAUGAGAAAUAUGUCAACGUAGACUGUGCUGAGUCCCGGCUCCAGUAUGAAAUAGUUUACCAACAGACGCUGGAGGAGACUAAUAAACGUAUGGCUGCACAUGAGAAGAAAAUAAUGAAGGACUGGGAAAAUGAGCUGCGUACCUAUAAAGAGAUUACUCGCCGAGCAAGAGAACACCAUUCUCAUCUCAGAAAGCAACGGGAUGCUGGUAACGCAAUGAAUGAUGAGCAACCAAACUUCGUACCAUCACGCCGUGCCAGUCUUUUGUCAAACAGAGCGGUCGACAAGCUGCUAACGCCGGAAGAACGGAUUGGCCUCCUCAGCAAUCUCUUCACCUCCAUUGUCUGUGAGUCCUUUGGCCUAGAUAUUGGGGUUCAUCGGCUGCCCGUGAGCUCCGGUGGAAUCGCCUAU